AUGGCCUCCCAGCCCCCGGGCGCCCCCAGCUCCGCAAAAGCCCUGGACCAGGAUGGGAAGACAGCGCUCCAGAGAAGUAACGUGCAGCUGUCCUCGCUCCACAUCCGAGACGGCUCGCACCGGCCCUGCAAGCUGCCCUGGGUAGCCCUGGUCAGGGCCUGCGGCCGCUUCAAACUCUCACUCUUAGAGGCGCGGCGGGGCCGGCUGCUGCCCUCGCUUAACCCCCUGGCCGUGGGCAAUGACUUGCCACCGCCGGAGAAGCACUGGAUGCCUGAGAAGGCAGCGUUCUGGGGCGACCAGGAACCCCUCUCCAAGAUCCCAUUUAAAAUUAUGAGGGGACACCAGCACAUUGUGAGUUCCUGCCACUUCUGUGUGGAUGACACAAAGGUCCUCAGUGGCUCCUAUGACUGCACCGUGAAGCUGUGGGAUGCCGUGGAUGGAUCUAUUGUUCGGAAUUUUGAGCCGGGGCCCGGAGCUCCUGUUUUAGAAUGCAGCGUCACGGCUGACAGCAGAAGAAUUAUUGCAGCAUCUUAUGACAAAACAGUGAGGGCUUGGGACCUUGAAACAGGCAAGCUGCUGUGGAAGCUCAGUCAUGAAACCUUCAUAGUCUCCUGUAAGUUUUCCCCCGAUGGUAAAUACGUGGUCUCAGGCUUGGAUGUGGACCGUGGAAUCUGUAUAACAGAUGCAGAAGACACCACCACCGUGUCCCACAUCAAAGAUCAUCAUGGGAUGUCGGUCACAGCAUGCUGCUUUGACCCAGACAGCCAGAAGGUGGCUUCCGUCUCACUGGACAGGAGCAUCAAGAUCUGGGAUGUGACAUCCCAGGCCACGCUGCUCACCAUCCCCAAAGCACACACCAAUGCAAUCUCAAACUGCUGUUUUACCUUCAGUGGCCAUUUCCUGUGUACAAGCUCUUGGGAUAAAACCUUAAAAAUAUGGAACGUCCAUACAGGGGAGUUUCGAAACCGUGGAGCCUGUGUGACUCUGAUGCAGGGUCAUGAAGGUUCCGUGAGCUCCUGCCACUUUGCCAGAGACACCUCUUUUCUUGUGUCUGGAGGGUUCGACAAGACUGUGGCUAUUUGGGAUGUAGGAGAAGGCUACCGGAAGCUCUCCUUGAAGGGCCAUAAUGACUGGGUGAUGGAUGUUGCCAUUAGCAAAAACAAGAAAUGGAUCCUGUCUGCUUCAAAGGAUAAGACCAUGAGACUAUGGAAUAUUGAAGAAAUUGACCAAAUUCCUUUGGUAAUCGAGUACAAAAAGGCCCGGGGCUUAAAGCUGAAACAGUGUGAAGAAUGUGACAGGCCUUUCUCCAUCUACGAAAGUGACAUCUUUUCUGAAACAGUCACCAAAUGUGUGUUCUGCCGGAUCGAAGCAAAAAACUUGUCAAUAGAGGCCUCACCAUCAUCAGAAGGGGAGGUCUCACGGUCAAGGGAGUGCAGCCGGGGUGAGGAUGGUUGA